UCUUCUUCCACCACUUCAGAAAAGUUUCAAGUCGAGUGCUCACUUGCAUCUUGACUCAAGCGUUCAGGUUUACUCGUCAAAGGCAUUUUGUUCUUCGGACACCCCCCUCAAUAUGGCGCUUUCUGCUGCUGACCUCCAGCGAAAGCAUGAGCAAGAAGGAACGCCGGAUCCGUUUCCUCCUUUUGACUCUGCUCUCAAUGCAUCUCGAAGUAAGAAAUCUGCUGAGGAGUUGGAUACCGAUUCCCAUUCUGCUUUCCCAUCUCUUGCGUCUACCGGACCCCCGAAAGCAGUCUCCUCGGCUUGGGGAACCUCGAAUGGCCCUCGCAUCAAACCGGUAAUCAACAAACCUCUCUUCACGGACACCUUGACCUUGGGCGACAUCGACCUCACCACCGCUGGCAAAGAUGGCAAGGUUGCUACGCUUGGAGAAGUCAUGAAGCAGGUCAUGGCAAAGUACAAGGUCAAGAUGGAAGCUUCCGGUAACCAGAAGACUCGUCAGACCACUUUUCACGUCAAGGCCGAGACUCAGAAGGAAUUAGACAAGGCUAAGAAGAGUCUUUUGGCUUUACUGAGUCCGAUCAUCACUCUCACUCUAGAGGCUCCAGUUUCUACCAUUGCCACAAUCAUUGGAACCAAAGGCUCUACCCUGAAACAGAUUCGGGACCAAACAGGUGUCAAAGUGGACGUUCCUCGCAAAGAAACGGUCACAAUCCCGGCUGCGAACGGUGUCAAUACUAGUCCUGACGAUGAGAACGAAGAUGAACCAACAGUCUCUAUCACGCUCACUGGACCUCAGCCCCUUGCUUACGAGGCUAAAGAACUGUUGAAUCAGAUCAUAGCUUCCAAGACUUCGAAAUCCACACAACGUGUUCGGGACAUCCCCGUCCACGUUCUUCCAUUCAUUAUCGCCAGGAAGAAUGCUUUCGAAGAGGCAGCUCAAGGUGGAGAUGUCAAAUUGUCCCUUAAUAAGGCCAUUCGCGAGGUUACUGUACAAGGGGAUCGUGAAGCUGUCGUCCGGGUCAUCGAGUCCAUCAAGUCUACGGUCGAGGAACUGAAAGCGAACCUGAAAUCAAUCAAGAUGUCACUGCCGAAGCGCCAGCAUCGGCUAUUGGUCGACAAGGCUGCUCAGGAUCUUCUUGCAAAGACCAACUGUGCUGUCGUUGUCGCGCCCGCCGACGAUCCAAGCGACGAGGUCACCGUCUGGGGUGAGGGCAACAACUUGGUUUCCGGUCUCGCUAUCGUCAUGGAACAGGCGAACUCGAAACACAUCCACGAGUUCCCCCUUCCUGGUCCCAUCGCGCUCUCCAAGCAGUACCUGGCUUACAUGACGCAGAUUCAAUACCCAAAGACUUUAGCGGACGCUAAUCCCGGCGUCUUGGUGUUCUUACCUUCCCCCGCUGCGGCCGAGAAAGCUCACUCUCUCAAUCUGGACAUCGUUGGCAAUAAGCCUCAAGUCGAUGCCGUCGUGAGGCAGGUUUCGGAGCUGAUUGGGAAGCUUAUUGGUGCCACAAAAGAGGUCAACAUCGACUGGCUUGUUCACCGCGUCGUUACGGGCAAAAACGCCAAGAAGAUCAAGCAGUUCCAUGAUGUUCAUAAUGUUUCAGUUUACUUCCCUCACGAAUCUGACGAGAAGUCUUCGGUCCUUUUGGUUUACGAUCCCUUCUCCCCUGGUGCUUCUCCUUCUCCCGACGAGAAAUCGAGGCAUCUUGAAGAGGUUGCCGCAGAGCUCUUAAAGAUGGCCAAGGAUGCUGCCGACGUGAAAAGUGAAACUUUGCAAGUUGAGAAACGCUGGCAUGAAGCAAUUAUCGGUAAUGGCGGAACAACUUUGAACGCGAUCAUUGGGGAAGACAAGGCGCUUUCCGUCAAGUUUGGUAUCAAUGCUAGUGAUUCUGCUACUGAGGACACCAUUCUUGUCCGGGGUGCUAGUGCUGAUGUGUCCCGCGCCGUCAAGGAAAUCCUUAAGAUUGUCGAGAAUGCUGGAAAUGACGAGAUCAUCAACAGCUUUUCGACCCAGUUUGACGUUGAACGUGAAUAUGUCGGACGUAUCGUUGGUUCUCAGGGUGCAGGUGUCAACAGACUUCGUGAUCAACUAGGAGUUAAAAUCGAUGUAUUCGACGACGUUGAAGACAAAGAUAAGGAAGGUGCCAAAAAGAAAAGAGCUGUUCACCAAAAGUCAAAGGUCAAGAUCACUGGUCGUAAGGAAAACGUUGAAGAGGCUCAGAAACGGAUCUUAGCGCAGGUUGAAAGACUUGCUGACGAAACCUCAGAGAUCCUGAAGGUCCCUAGCCAGUACCACUCCUCCCUUAUUGGUACGAACGGGAAAUAUGUGAUCAGAUUGGAGGAGAAAUAUGGUGUUAAGAUUACCUUCCCUCGCCAAGUAAGCGAUAGCGGCGAAAGCAAAACGAGAGAACCCUUAAAAUUGGAUGAAGUACUUCUAAAGGGCGGGAAAAAAGGCGUCGCACAGGCCAAAGCUGAACUUCUCGAAGCCGUCGAGUUUGAAAAGGAGACUAAUAACGUCCUCAAGUUUACUGUCCCUACUCGGUCAGUUCCCCGUAUACUCGGACGAGCUGGUGCCUCAAUCAACGAGAUCAAGGAUGCUACUGAGGCACAAAUUGACGUCGAUAGGGCUGAUGAUGCCUCAGUGACCAACAUCACUGUCCGUGGGACCAAGAAGGCGGUCAACGCUGCCAAGACUGCUAUCCUCGCUAUCGCUGACCAAGUUUCUGACGAAGUCCACAUCGUAGUCCCUGUUGAGAACAAGUACCACAGGACUUUAAUUGGCGCUGGUGGACAAGGACUGAAAGAUUUGGUAUCCCGCUGUGGUGGCCCCACUGAUUCUCGUCUCUUAGCUGGACUAAUUCGAUUCCCUCGUCAAGGUGAACCCUCCGACGAAGUCCGUCUCAGGGGUGAAGCAAAACUCGUCGCCAAGCUCCAGAUUGAAUUGGAGAAAGCUGUCGCCGUCCUCCGCGAUCGCGUUGUACUUGGCGUAGAGAUUCCUGCCAUCAACUACCGUGCUCUCAUUGGCCGUAAUGGGCAACAUCUAAACGACCUGCAGAACCGCACUGGCACACAGGUUCAGUUUCCAGGGUCUCGAUCGUAUGCUCAAGCUGGCGAGGCGGAAAAUUUGGCUGAACUCGGUGAAUUAGACCCUGCCAACCUUGUCAAAGUUUCCGGGACUCGUGCCGCUUGUGAAAAGGCUAUAGCGGAUCUGAAGGUUGCAGUCAAGAGUGCGACUCCCGAAUCAGUUACAGAUACGAUCAGUGUUCCUUUGAAGUAUCACCACACUAUCUCUCAACAAGGAAACUUCUUCCGAACUUUGCGCUCCUUCGGCGUGCAAGUUGAUCAGUCUGUCCAGCCUCAGUCUCGGAGUGUUCCUGCCAGACCGACACCAUCCGUGGAUAACUCGGCUGCUCGCAUUGACGCAGAGGAGGAUGAGCCUGUUUCAGUUCCAGAGGUGGAAUGGGAGGUUAUUGAAAACUACAAGAAUGCAGAAGAAGGCGAUUCUGUUUGGACCUUGAAAGCUCGUGAUCAAGCUGGCUUGGAGCGUGCUCGCAAGCUCACGGAGGAAGCAAUCGAACAUGCAAAGGGCAUGUCCCACGUCGGAUUCCUCACGCUGCCGGACAAAUCGUCUUUCCCUCGUAUCGUGGGUUCCAAGGGGGCGAAUGUCGCUCGUUUGCGAAACGAAACUGGCGCAGAUAUCACUGUUGGCCGCGACAACAACACCAUUGUCAUCGUGGGUUCCGAGUCGGACAUAAAUGUCGCAAAGAGUGCUAUUCUUAGGCUGGCUUCAUCGUCUGGACGGUCUCAACGGCAACGUGAUUGAUUGGUUAAUUGCAUGUAUUUCUGGAUUUGGAUAUAUCUCAAAGUAAUGCUCGUUUUCAAAAGUUGGUAGUCAUUUUGUUGGGAAAAGAUUCAGUUAUAGCGGUUUGCAGAUAGGGCACGAGCGGGUUUUUCCCCUGCCGUUAUUUUUGGUUAAAUCUUCCGACUGAACCAGAUUGAACCUCAUUUUGUUUAUCACAAGAGUAUCCUAAUACAAAAUAUGGAUGGCCU